AUGCCCUUCACUGCAUCCAUGGCGUCAAUGACUCGUCCGUUUCUAUUCGGCCUCGUGCCAAAGUCAGUCUUCGACUCCCAUUUGGGCGUCAUCUCGUUACUCGACCGGAGGAAGAACAACGCGAAUUGGCUCCUCUCAGUUUCUCCUCCCAAGUCGUCUGCUAAGUUCGUUUGUUCUUCAGCGAAGCACCAAAGUGGACCGGUGAAGAAACGCCCUUCACCAACUCCAAAUUCAAAGCGGAAAAAGAAGCCCAACAGCAAAAAUGGCGAUAAUACGAGAAGGGUUACUAGUUUGAGUGAUGUGGAGGUCUUGGAACAGGAAGGCGGGUCGUUCCCGAUGCCGAAGCCUCCAGCUGGGUUCGUAAUCGAUGAACAAGGCAGAGUUCUCUUGGCUUCUAAUAAGCGGAUUACUACAAUUAUUGAUCCCACAAACAACUUCCCACUGGAAUGUGUCAUCAGACGAAUAUUCAGAAGUGAUCGGGGAGAUGAAUGUAUGCUGCUCUUACCUGUUGAUAUGCCUGUUCAGAUUUUGAAAAGCACUAAUGUGGAAGGAUGGUCUGCUGUUAGCGAUGAAGAAGUUGAAGCAAUACUCCCUACCGCAGCUUAUGCCCUUGCCAAGAUACAUAUGCAUCUGGUAUAUAGCGGCUUUUGUUACACAGCACGUGGAGGAUUCUGUUACACAGAAGAUGACAUAUUUGAAUUUCGCACAGAUGAUGGUCAAGAUGUUGAUGGCUUGCCAACAGAAGGCAUAGAAAUUACAUGCUUCCAUAUGGAGGGUUCUCACUACAUGAUUUACACGCCAUCAGACCCCCUUCUCUUUGUUGCUGUCAAGGAUGAAAAUGGUGUCUUACGAAUUGCUGAUGAUGAAAUCUUGGAUGACCCAGCCAUCGUAAGUGCAAUUGAUGAGGAAACUGAAUUCAAUGCUUUAGCGGAAGAAGAGGCCGCCCUUAUUGAAGGUCGUAGUGGCACUGGGACUGGGACAAAUUCCCGUAAGGGUGCUACAGUAGCAUCAGGGAGUAGCAGUCGAUUGAAAAAAUCGGAUGUUCGGUCAUGGAUUGUAACGGAUACAGUAUCCGGUGGGCCUAAAGAUGGAUCGGUUAUUCCCAACUUCAAUGGACACGUUGCCUCUUUGUUAUGGCAGGGUACGGAUCGAGGUUGUCUCAAGUUACAGAAUAUAGACCUCGUUUGCCAGAUGUUGACAGGCUGGAAGAAUUCUCUAGGUUUUGAAAGGGCGAGGCCGCUGGUUAAGACGACUAAGUUGUCUCAAUUUCCAGGACUGAUGUUCUCGCAUAAUGAUAUCGGCCUAUGCACUUUGUCCAUCCCUGUUGAGGGAGAGAUAGUGACGGCCGUUCCCAAGUGCGAAACAGUGAAGAACCACUGUAUGGGUCUUUUGAACUUAUCUGUAGAAAAUAUGAAACCCCCAAAGUAUAAGAGUGGUGCUAUGUUGAGUCAUUUGUCAUGGACCGAGUCUGAGGUAGCACAAACCCAAAGGUACAAGCCAUUGCUUGGUUGUGGGUGA